AUGUAGAUAUACGUUGCGCUCGCGUUUAUCUUUCUCUAUUUCAAACUUGGCAGAUCCUCAUACAGCGACUUAGGCCGCGUGCAAACAGCGAGGACUUGUGGCAUCUAUCAUUCUAUCAUUUACCUUGAUCCAUUACGUAUAUGUCCUUAUCCUUACGCAAAAAUCGUUAAUUGGAAAUGGUGAAUCUCAAAGAAUUCGGUCUUGGUAUGGGCCAUAAAAAGCCUGAACAUGCAGCAACUUCGGCUGUUGCUGAGGCUCAAGAGCAACCAGAAAUCGCGAAAACUGAAACGCCAGGCAAAGAAGGCGGGCAUUUAUCCGUUAACGACGACCCUGAAGUCAAAGGACCUGAAGAUGCACCUCCCGACCCCAAUGCCCAACGAGGCGUUCAAAAAAUCGAAGCGGUAACCACAGCCUGGUCGAAAUGGUCUCUUGCUGCCUUGCUGUUCAAUAUCUGGCUCAUCUUUCUGACCAAUGGCUUUCGGAUUGCGAUUCUUGCAAGUCUGUCGCCUUAUGUGACCAGCGAUUUUCAAUCUCACUCGCUGUUGACUACAAUCGGAAUCGUAGCCGACGCAAUGACCGCUGCGACGUACAUCCCGAUGGCGAAGCUGUUGGACGUGUGGGGUCGUGCAGAGGGGUUUCUGCUUAUGGCGGGCUCAGCGACACUAGGUGUCAUACUCAUGGCAACGUCACGAAAUCUUCCUACCUUCUGUGCUGCUCAGGUCUUUUACUCGAUCGGAUUUGCAGGCAUCAUAUACACCAUUGCCGUGCUUGCGGCUGACGUAACGUCUAUAAAGAAUCGUGGUAUCGCCUUCGCAUUUACAUCAUCUCCAUACAUGAUCACUGCAUUUGCCGGUUCAAAGGCCGCUGAAGCAUUCUUGGAACACGUCAAUUGGCGUUGGGGGUUUGGCGCAUUUGCCAUCAUCGUACCCGGUGUUACUCUGCCAAUGUUCAUAAUGCUGAAGGUCAAACAGCACCAAGCUGAGUCUCGAGGAAUAAUUGCACUUAAAAGGAGUGAUGAGCCUGUAAUUAAGCAGAUAUGGGAUGGAAUCAUCGGGUUUGAUGUACCAGGAGUUAUUCUCUUCGCUGGCGGACUCACUGUCUUCCUGCUCCCAUUCACGUUGGCCACAUAUGCGCCUAAUGGCUGGUCUUCUGACUACAUUAUCGCCAUGAUUGUCACCGGAUUUGUCAUUCUUCUCAUCUUCGGUCUCUACGAAGUUUACGUUGCAAAAUCGCCAUUCCUGAACUACCGCUUCCUGACUGACAGGACGGUUAUCGGAGCUUGUCUCUUCGAUGCCACUUACCAGAUAUCAUACUACUGUUGGAACAGCUAUUUUACCUCAUUCCUUCAGGUUGUUUGCAAUUUGUCGGUAGCCAACGCUGGGUAUGUCAACAGCACAUUCCAAGUCGUCUCCGGUGUCUUGCUGUUCAUAGUUGGGUAUCUGGUUCGCCGCACCGGACGCUUCAAAUGGCUUUUCCUCGUCUGCCUUCCGCUCUACUUGCUUGGACUUGGUCUAAUGAUCCACUUUCGCCAGCCCAAUCAGUACAUUGGCUAUAUCGUCAUGUGCGAAAUCUUUAUUUCCAUGGGUGGAAGUGUAUUCAUUCUGCUUGUUCAGCUGGCCGUCCUUGCGUCUGUGGACCACCAACACGUUGCGGCUGUUCUUUCUUUACUCUAUGUCUCUGGCAGCAUUGGUGGUGCAAUUGGAAAUACCAUUUCGGGCACCAUUUGGACCAAUACCUUUUACAAAGCUCUGCUGAGAUAUCUCCCAGAUUCAGCAUUGCCACAAGCCGCUACAAUAUACUCCAGUCUUUCUGCACAGCUUGCAUACCCGGAAAACAGUCCUGAACGCAUUGCGAUCCAAAAAGCGUAUGGAUAUGGCCAAGCAAGGAUGCUCGCAGCUGGGACAGCGGUCAUGGUUUUGUGUUUUGCUUGGGCGUUGAUGAUCAAAAACAUUAACGUAUCUAAGAAGACGGCACAAACAAAGGGAAUUGUAUUCUGAAGAAUCUCGAAACAUAUCUGGAACGAUACAUCGUCAACGGGAUUGCGGCCUAGCUUGUAUCUUCAUUGACACUGUCAUCAGGAUUUCUAGGGUGCGGAAGGAAUUUGUGUGGUGAAAUUGGCUCCCAUCUUUACUCAAUUAUCGGACUAGAACCAGGAAUCCCAAGAGAAAAUCAUGAGUAAUUCUGUCGUGCUUUCGAAUCGGCAUACGUAUCCCUGAUUUAAAACUAUUUGAAAGAUUUGCAAUAUGUGAUUGCUUGUAGAUUCCAACAACCGUUUCUGAAAUCUUGUACCGUGAACAUAUCACCAACAAGAUGAACUAAUG